GUGAGUGUGUGAGAGAGAGGGAUAGUAUGUGUGGACUCUGGUCUCUCUGGCUGUGGUAGUAGAGGGAAAAGGACAGGCUUUAUUUCCUGUUGCAACCAUGGAUGAGAGCUUGAUGAUCCCCGUGGUGGGGGCCGUGUCUGUGGUGGCUGUGUCAGUGCUGUACUUCCUGCUACGCAGUUCUGCAGGAGAGAAGAAGAAGAAGUCACCUGUUACUCUGCAGGAUCCCAUGGUCAAAUAUCCCCUCCCUCUCAUACACAAACAGGAAAUCAGCCACGACACAAAGAAAUUUCGCUUUGGCCUCCCAUCUGCAAAUUAUAUUCUUGGACUACCAAUAGGUCAGCAUGUGUACCUGUCAGCCAAGGUGAACGGCAGUCUGGUGGUCAGAGCCUACACUCCAGUGUCCUGUGACGACGACCAGGGUUAUGUAGACCUUGUAGUCAAGGUGUACUACAAGAACACACAUCCAAAAUUCCCAGCGGGUGGGAAGAUGUCUCAGUACCUGGACAACAUGGCUAUAGGAGACACAAUCGACUUCAGAGGACCAAAUGGGCUGCUGAUUUAUAAAGGCAAUGGCCAGUUUUCCAUCCGACCAGACAAGAAGUCAGAGCCAAACACUCGGAAGUUCAAGCACAUCGGAAUGAUCGCUGGUGGAACAGGCAUCACUCCUAUGCUGCAGUUAAUCCGCAGCAUCACAGCAGAUCCCACCGACAACACAAAGUGCUCCCUCAUAUUUGCAAACCAGACUGAGAAGGACAUCCUGCUGAGGGAGGAGCUGGAGGAGGUGCAGAAGAACCAUCCUGAUAAAGUUCAACUCUGGUUCACACUGGACAAACCUCCACAGGAUUGGAGCUAUAGUUCAGGGUUUGUGACCCAUGACAUGAUCAAGGACCAUCUCCCUGCUCCGUCCUCUGAUGUCCUUAUUGUCUUGUGUGGGCCUCCACCAAUGAUCCAGUAUGCCUGUCUGCCAAAUCUGGAAAAACUGGGACACGAAUCAGCAAACAUUUUUGCAUACUAGAGUUUUUCUAAUCUGUUUAUUACCUGGAAUA